AUGGAGAAAUACUUAUUCAAGUACACAAAUAAGGGCCCUGACCUUGCCAAGGUUGCCAUUCAAAAUAAAGAAGAUCAUAAUGCUGCUCCAAUCAAUGAAAUAAAACAGUACUUGGAUUGCAGAUGUAUGACACCCAAUGAUGCAGCCUGGUGUCUUCUCCAGUUUGACAUUCACCGCACAGAUCCAUCUAUCGAGCGGCUGCAUGCCCACCUUCCACUUGAGAACAGUAUUAUAUAUGCUGAGGAUGAUAAUCUAGAAGAAGUGGUUUGUGAUCCGCGCAACACAGUCACCAAAUUGACUGCUUGGUUUGAGGCCAACAAAACACACCCACAGGCGAGGGAAUUUACAUAUGUAGAAUUUCCCGAGCAUUGGACAUGGCACGCUGAUGGCAAGUAUUGGCAACAGCGUCGCAAUAAUCGUGCAAAAAUUGGCCGCAUAACCAAUAUCAGCCCUAAUGAAGGCGAGGUCUUCUACUUGCGUAUGCUGCUGCACAUAGUCAAAGGCGCGCGGUGCUACUCUGAUUUAAGAAAUGUUGCUGGUCACCAUUACCCUACCUUCCAAGCUACCUGUGAGGCUUUAGGUUUACUUGGUGAUGACCGUGAAUGGUCCCAUGCUAUGACUGAUGCAGCACAUUGGGCACUCCCAUAUCAACUUUGUCAGCUAUUUGUAACAAUGCUCCUAUUUUGCCAAGUCGCAAGUCCAGCAAGGUUGUUCGAUGAAUUUGCACAGAUAAUGGGAGAUGACAUGAGGUACCGGAUUCUUCGCCUCACACCAGGAAUCCCCGAGCCACUACUUCAAAGCCAAAUCAGAUCAUAUGUCCUGCUUGAAUUAGACAACCUGCUAAAAAAUGCCGGUUAUACAUUGGAUCGUUUCCAACUACCGCAACCAGAGGAUGAAAACAUGAGGCUCCGGAGUCCAUCGCUUUUGCCUGAUGAGAAAAUUGAACUUCAGCAAUUUGCUGAGUGGCUUCUCUCUAUUGGUACUGAACUAGCUGCUGGCAUAAAUUCUCAGAUUAUGAGCCAGAUUGCUACUGAGGAGAUGUCAUACUACAGCUGUGACACCAUUGAUGACUCAUCAGCUAACUAUUGCACUGUGCAAUGUCUAUACCCUACAGAAUUUCUCAACACGAUAUGCAUGAGCGGCUUACCAGACCAUCAUUUGCAGCUUAAGGUUGGUGUUCCUAUAAUGCUUCUUAGAAAUCUAGAUCCAACAAAGGGCCUCUGUAAUGGAACAAGGCUCAUAGUGACACAACUUACCGUAUAA